AUGCUUGAAGUCACUUGUAAUGAUCGUCUUGGAAAGAAAGUGAGAGUAAAAUGCAACCCUGACGAUACAGUUGGAGACCUCAAAAAGUUAAUAGCAGCACAAACUGGCACGAGAUACGACAAGAUUGUACUGAAGAAAUGGUACACAGUAUUCAAAGACCAUAUCAAAUUGUCUGACUAUGAAAUACAUGAUGGCAUGAACCUGGAACUCUACUACCAAUAG